AUGGUCGACCCCGACGCGAGAUUCCCCGAGAAUCCCACACUCAGGUUCAUCCUCCACUGGCUUCAAACCAAUGUCACAACCGCCCCUGUAGGUCCAGACGGUACAAGUCAACUUAUCAACACCACUGCCCCACGAGUCCCCUACCGCGGCCCGGGUCCACCGACCAACUCUUCAGCUCAUCGAUACAUAUUCUACGCCUUUUUCCAGCACGACAAUUUCACUUUCCCGUCCGCGUUCGAAUCUUUCAAUGCCACCAAUCGGGCGAGCUUCAAUCUCACAGCCUUCCUUGACGAGUCAAACCUGGGGCAGGUCCCCGCUGCAGCUCAGUACUUCUUCGCCAGCAACGAGACAGGGGUCCCGCAGGACUUUUCUGCCGCCGCAGGUGGUACGUACCCAGGUGGAAAUGGUGAGAUGAUUACACAAGGUCCUGGUCCAAGUGUGACCGCAAGCACUCUUCCCACGACUGUAUCGGCUUCUACUACAGGGUCUGAGGGCACGGCUUCUGGCUCCGGAACUGCAUCCGCUACUGGCUCCGCUGCUUCGGCUUCUGGCUCAAACAGUGCGGUAGUUCUGCAAGCCAGCACUCGUGGCCUGUUUACUGUGUUUCUCGCGUUCUUGAACCUGUUUUAG